UCGUUGAUUUGUUUCGUCAAGUUUGCUUGAUUUAUUAUUAUUUUCUCUUUCGGCAAAUUUUAUGCAAUUUCCGUACUUUUCUCGAGUUUUCCCAAUUUUCACAGUGAAAAAUGCUCGAGGGUGAAGGUGAAGGAUCAUCAAUGACCUAUAAAGAUGAGGAUCGAGCACUGAUAAAGCUCUCAUUUGAAGAAUUUGUCAAGCAGGAUUAUGGAAAUGCAUUGAAAAAUCUGAAUAAAUUGGAAGCAUCCAUAGGGGCGUCGCCAAAGAUAGCGCACAAUAAAGCCGUGGUUGAGUACUACCUGAAUGAUUUGCAGAAGCACGAGCAAUUCAGGAAAUGUCUUCAACAAAUCACCGGAUGUACGCAAUUUUCAGCUGGAUUUGAGAUUAAGGACGUUAAGAUGUGCUCAGCCUUCUACAAUCAAGCUCUUCUGCUGCAUCACUUCCGGCAGCCACAGCAGGCACUGAAAAUAAUGACAGCUGUCCUCAAUGUCCUCAACCAUGCCAAUCAUCUCGAUGAGAAUUUCAUUCAGCGAUCCUACCUCCUUACCCUGACCAUGCUUCUGGAAACAAAUCAACCACGAAAGGCAAAGGCAUUGCUGGAACAACUGGAAAAUCGUCUGGGAAUCUCUCGGGAAGCCCUCAUAAAUGACGACGAUGAAAUAGUGGCAGCAACUGAGGAAUUAACUCUCACGCCAAAGGAAAAGGAGAGGAAUCUCGAGGAUUUCCUUGAAAUGCUGAAACUCUGUACAAUUCGGGUGAAUUUAGCAAAUGGAAAAACCACACCCCUACCCAAAGAGGAAACUUCUGAAUUUUCAAUUGCAAAAGCCCAUCAGUACUAUCUUGGGAAUGAUUUUCAAAUGGCCGCCCGGGAGUUGUCGAAGAAAUUCACAAAUGAUCCAUUCACAAUUGCCACCAAUGGUGAGGAUCAGGAUACAAUUAUUGCCAAUAAUAUGGGCUUAAUUCACUUUGCUGUACGUCACUACGCCAUGGCGGUGAGAUUCUUCCAGCAUGCUGUGAAUUUUGAUAAGAAUGCCAAUGAAGAUGUGGCUCAGAAGUAUCCAAAUGGGUUACCUUUGCACGCUGUUGGGGCAUCGAAGCAAACACAGAUUCUCUACAAUCUCGGUGUGGCUCUUUUGCACCUACAGCGCCCCAAGGAAGCAUUUGAAUGUCUCAUUGUUCCACUAAACUAUCAUCACAACAAUCCCCGGCUGUGGUUGCGUAUUGCCGAGGCGUGUAUUAUGCUGCACCGUCAGGAGGUCAAGCAGAAUGAGAACAAGGGCUUGGUGUCAUCGGUGGUGAGUUCCGGAGUACACAGAAAAUAUAUCCUUCAGCCAACACCUCCGAAAACUGUUUCAGAUGGUUGUCUCUUCGCCAUUCCCAGUCCAAAUCUGGAAUUUGCCGUUUUAUGCUUGAGGAAUGCCUACACACUCAUUGAGCAUUUCCUCGCACAGCAAAAGAUGGAGGAGGAGAAGCAACAGGAUACUGAUGUUAAUAUGGAGUGGGAUAAGAAGACAGAGGGAAUCUCCGUUCAUCCAUCGAAGCCACUGAAGGACAGCGCUUUCCAGCAAUUGCGAAGCGCUGUUCUUGCCUCUUUCUCGUACGUCCUUCUCACCCUCGGUGACUACACAUUAUCGCUGAAAUACAGCAAGGAACUCCUGAAGAUACCCAAUCUCUCAGACACUCAUCGCCUCUUGGGCCACCUCUACUGUGCCGAAUCACUCAUAAUGCUCAACAAAGUUCCCGAAGCAAUAAUCUUUCUCGAUCCCAAAUUCCUCAGUGAGCUCCAUGGGGAGGAUUUUGAAACGCGUGCUUCACCAGAUUGGAAUGUUAAUUCCUUGGAAGCUGCCCAAUCAAUUGUGACGUACAACCUCGCUGUGGCUCUCGUGAUGAAGGGCGAUGCCCCGGAAGUGGCUAAGAAUUUUGUAAUGUCGUGCAAUCAUCCCAUUGUGGCGCAUCACGUUAAGAUGCUGAAACUCUAUAUGGAGCUUCAAGCAGGGAACAUUGAGAAUUGCCGGAAAAUUAUUCGUAUGGAUGCUCCGCAGUACAUUUAAUACUACAAAUCUAUUUUUUUUUUAUAUUUUAUUAUUUAAUUACAUAAAAUAAACUAAGAUUUAACAAAA